CCAGCUACCCUUAUGCCAAUUCCUGAUGCAUCCCUUCCGCUGCAUAACUGUCUACAUGUGUUAGAUCAUCAGUAUUCCUGUAGACCAGAUUUGACUGACACCCCUCUUCCAAAUGCUCAGCUUACAUGGUUUACUGAUGGCUCAAGCUUUAUGGAGAAUGGAGCUCGUUAUGCAGGAUAUGCUAUAGUUAGCCAACACGCAGUUAUUGAAAGUGCCUCUCUUCCAGUGGGUACCAGUGCCCAAGCAGCUGAGUUGUGGGGACUCAUCCGAGCAUUAGAAUUAGCCACAGAAAAGACUAUUAAUGUGUACACGGACAGUAAAUAUGCCUUUUUGACUAUUCAAGCACAUGCAGCUAUUUACAAGGAAAGGGGCUUCACUGACUCUACAGGCAAACCAAUUCAACAUGCCCCUUUAAUUAAAAGACUGAUUUCUGCUGCACAACUUCCCAAAUCCUUAGCUGUCAUUCAUUGUCCGGGGCAUCAGAAAGCAGACACACUCGUUGCACAAGGCAAUCGAUUUGCUGAUAGAGAGGCCAAAUUGGCAGCACACCUGCCUCUGGAUAGGAAUGAUUAUUACCUCUAUAUGGCACAAGAAGUUGAAUCCUACAUUGAAAGAUCUUAUCCCACCUAUACUCAGGUAGAGAGAGAGAAAGCUGAAGGAGAUUUGAAAGCCAGCUUGGUGAGGGGAUGGUAUACUCUUCCAGACAAUCGCUUAGUGGUACCAGUUUCGCUUGCUUGGCCUUUAGUAUCAGAGGCACACCAAACCUCACAUAGUGGCAAAACUGCUUUGGCCCAACAGUUGCAAGCAACAUUCUAUAUACCCAACUUGCAGAGUCUGGUUGCCAAGGCAACUUCCCAAUGUCCUACGUGUGCGCAAGUGAAUGCUAAGCAAGGACCGCGUUUACCACCAGGACAGCAGCCAAUCUCCUACUUACCCAUGGACUAUUUAAUGGUGGAUUUUACUGACAUGCCCAAAUGCCAUGGUUAUAAAGCAUUGCUCAUUUUCAUUGACACUUACUCUGGAUGGAUAGAGGCCUUCCCCACUCGAAAUAAGUUAGCUAUACAAGUAGCACGCUUUCUUUUAAAGGAAAUAAUCCCUAGAUUUGGAUGUCCAUCUACCAUCAGCUCUGACAAUGGCCCAGAAUUUGUGCAACGUAUAAAUCGCCACUUGGCUGAAGCUGCAGGCCUGAAAUGGAGUUAAGACCCUGGAAGGACGGUCCUGGAUCCACUGGACGAGACUGAAGCCCGCAGACCAAAGUGAUCCAGCCACAUACCAGGUGACAACAACUGACCGGCCCUUGGUGUUGAGGUUCAAGAAGACAUC